AUGAAAAAGCCAACGAAAGGAGAGCCUGAUCUUUUGAUUGAGUCUAUGCAAAAAUUGAUUGAGUAAAUAUGCUAAUUUUAAUAAUGAGUCAUAUGAAUGAUAGUAAAUUACAUUAAGAGGAGAUAUUUCAAUCUCUUACACCUACAGAUGUUUAAAAAAUAUUAACAAAUUUUGAGGAUAAAAAUUAAAUAAUGAGAAAGACUUCAGCAGCAUUUUUAUGUGAACUUGUUUUUGAUAAUCCUACAGUUUAAAAAGGAUUUUGUGAGAUUUCAAAUAUUUUACCUAUGGAUGGCAAAGUAAAAAUAGAUAAAAUUAGAUUUGUGUUAAUAAAAUACCAUAAUCAUUAUUGAGUUAAUCUAAACAUUUACCAGAAAUAUUUGAGACAAUAAAAAGUGCUUAAAUUCCAUUUGAUAAUGAUUUAAAUUAUCCUUUAUGUUGGUAUUUUGAAAAUUAGAGAGAUAAGGUAUGGAAGAAAGGUUUAAAAUUCAUUAAAUUUGAGAAAAACAAUAAUAAUGCAAAGAGUAGAAUAGAGAAAUUCAUAGAUCCAUAAAUACAUUUGUUUGGUUUCAUAAUAGCAAAUAAAAAAGAAAUUUAAUCAUAAGAUGAAAUAAAGAAAGCUACAAUAUAAACUAGAUAAUAGUAGAGUGUGUCCACUUAUGAAUAGAAUGUGAAAAGAAUACCAAAUGUUUAGAAACUAAGACCAAAUUCAGGAUAAUCUCCAAUUUAAUCAGUGAGUCCAAUGAUAAAAAGAUAAAGAAUAAUGAAUAAUUCUGUUGAUUAUGAUACAAGUGUAAAUAAAUCAACUCUUGGUAAAACAAUUAUGGAAACAGAAUAAUUAUAAACAAUAAAUGAGAUAGAUAGACCAAAAUCUAAAUUGGAAACUAAAAAAAGUACAACUAAUAAUAAUGUUUCAAAUAUCUAGAAGAGAUUUAAAUGA